GAGGAAAAGCAAUUCAACCAGUUUCUCCAGGGGACUGACGUGCCCGACGAGCAAGUCAUCGACUCCAUCUUCCUGGAGAGAAAAACGCAGCACGCAGAUGACGCGGUUGACUACGAAGACAUCGACGAGUUGGCAGAUGAUGACGACCUUCCUGAAGAAGAAGAGCCUACGGGAGGUGCUGCUGGUGCAGACGACCUUGAAGGGUUUCUAGGCGACGAAGCCCAAAUGGAAGCAGAGGCCGAUCAGAAGUUCGACGACAUGUUUGGUGAUGAUUAUGACCAACAGGACACAGGCAACAACAACGACCUCUUCAACAGCAUAGACGACAACCACCAGUACAUGGACGACGAUGGCUUGAAUGGAUUGAGCAUGGGGGGUAUAUUUGGGGAAGAAAAUGACACCAGCCAGCUCCACCAGGCUGGCGAACGUAACCAACCCAAGAAGAGAAAGUUCCUUCUGGAGGAACAAAGAGCAGCAAAGAGGCAAAAGCUCCAGAGGGUGGUCAAGCAAUUGGAGGCAAGACGUUUGGCCAGAAACUUCAAGUAUUACUACCCAGGAUACUCCAAAGAUAAGCCCUUCAACUUCCACCUAUUCUUCCUCCCAGCCCCCAAGUACUAUAGACAUGCUCGUCCACUCAUUGCCACCAAGGAAAACAUCAAGCCCAUGGUGCCUACCAAGUUAUCUCUCCAGGUGGACGUGGACCAGCGCAAGUUAUUCAAAUCAAGAAAACAAAUACCUCCAGCCCAGUCUUCGAAGGAUACCAGCAAAGUGGUUUCUAUUACACAACAAGACUUGGACUUCAUACGAGAAAUCGAGGAAAAGGGUACCUCCAAGGAUGCUUUCUUGAAACAGAUUUCUUUCCUUCACAAAGAUUGGUCGGUCCAUGAUAAAUUCUCGGAGUUUUCCAAAGACCUUAUCCUUUCGACUACCGACUGGGAUGACGACGCCAUAAUAAACACGGGUGAUGCGAAGUAUCCAGUGAAAAAAGUCAAUGUGGAGCACAACGACAUCAUCGAUAUUGAUGAUUAUGACGAUGAGAAUAUUUUCAAUGGCCAACUCAACAAUGACACCUUCAAACUUGAUAUGAAUGAUCCUAACUUGUUGUUUGUUCCCGAAAAGAAGGUGGACACUUCGAGAGCAUUAACUCCAUCCACGGACAAACUCAUGGAGCAAAGAUUCAAUUUCUCCAACGAUAAGGAAUAUGAAGAGUUGAAGAAGAAUUACAAUACCAAGAUAAGAAGUCAAUUGAGUAACUUGAACAUCGAGCACUCGUUGCCUGCAUUGAAACUCCAGUCCCCCUACUACAAGGUCAAGCUUACCAAGGAGGAUUGUAGGUCAUUCCAUAGACCUAAAUUCUUGGUAAGACCAGGUACAUUAAUCAGUUUCUCGAAACUUAAACAAAGAAAAAAGAAGAAGGACAGAGGAAAAUCGUUACAGGAGAUAUUCAGCAAGUCUACCGAUUUGACUGCAGCAGACACUGCCAACCUUGUGGCCAUGGAAUACUCCGAAGAAUAUCCAUUGGUUUUCUCUAAUUUUGGUAUGUGCUCCAAGAUUAUCAAUUACUAUAGAAAGGAGAGAGAAGAUGACUCUUCUAGACCAAAAACACAAAUCGGAGAAACCCAAGUUUUGGGAGUGGAAGACCGGUCUCCAUUCUGGAAUUUCGGUGAGGUGGGGCCAGGAGAUUUCGUACCCACCUUGUACAAUAACAUGUUGAGAGCCCCUGUUUUCAAGCAUGAGAAUAGGAAGACAGACUUUUUGCUCGUAAAAUCCCAAGGAGCAGGAAAUCAUCAAAAGUACUACUUGAGGAACAUUAAUUUUAUGUUUGCGGUAGGUAACACCUUCCCAGCCAUGGAAGUGCCAGCUCCACAUUCCAGAAAAGUGACCAACACAUCCAAGAAUAGGCUUAAGAUGGUCGUUUUCAGAGUGAUGAACAAUAACGGUGUGGCCAGAGUAUCGGUGAAGGAUGUGUCCAGGCAUUUCCCAGAUCAAAACGACAUGCAAAACCGUCAAAGAUUGAAGGAAUUCAUGGAAUAUCAAAGACAGGGUGAUGAUCAGGGAUUCUGGAAGAUCAAGAAUCUUGAUAUUGUUCCAGCAGAGGAGGAAGUCAGAGCAAUGAUAACUCCUGAAGACUGUGCUGUGUUGGAUGCUAUGCAGCAUGGUCAGCAGGCAUUGGAAGACAACAAUACAUUGAAACCAAGAGAUCCCGAUGCAGAAAUUGAUAUUGAUGAAGAGUUAACCCCCUGGAAUUUGACCAGAAACUUUGUGAAUGCCAACCUGACUAAAACCAUGCUCCAGCUUAACGGAGAUGGAGAUCCAACCGGUAUUGGUUUAGGGUUCUCAUUUUUGCGUGCCACUCAAAAGAACGGAUUUAAACCGCUUUUUGCACCUGUCAAAGAAAAUGUGCCUAAGAACAACACUGCAGCAUAUCAGCAGAAAUUGUACGAAGCUGAAAUCAAGCGUAUUUGGUACUCCCAAAGAAGUUCGUUGGUGGAUCACGGUCCCGAUUUCAAUCUCCAAAGCAUUUAUGAUGAGUACAAACCCAUCGAUCACAAGAAGUAUGUGAAAUCAAAGGUUAAGGAAGAUGUGAAGCAAGGCAACGAGAGCAACGUAUUGAGAAUCACUAGGAGAGUGAGAGAUGAAAAUGGAAUUGUCCAAAGAAAGGUUGAAACUUUAAGUGAUCCAAGGCUCAUCAAGGCCUAUAUUAGAAGAAGAAAGAGCAUUGAGGAUGAGCUCUUGAAGACAGCUGAUGUUGGAGAUAUUCUUCCUACAAACGAUAAGGAAUUGAACAAGAUCAGAAAGAAAGCAUUGGAAGAAAAAUUGGCUAACUUUAUCAAGAGAUCUAAACAAAGCAAAGCUAAGAAACCUAUCAGAGACUCCAUCCAUGCUGCGGCUGCUGCUGGUGGUAAGAUCAUCGAUGCCAAUACCGUCAUUUUGCCAGAUGGUUCCUAUGCUAUCGGUGGUAAAGGUAUAGGUAAGGGGAAGAGUAAGACCAGAAGAUGUGCUUCUUGUGGAGCUUUUGGUCAUAUUAGAACGAACAAAACUUGUCCCUUGUACUUCCAAACCAAUGGGGGUACACAACUACCAAAAAAGGGAGCUCCAGAAACUCCUAGUAGU